UUCUUGACUUAAGCAGCUGAGAGGAGGGGCCUUUUGGAAAGGCAGCGAUAGCUCGACGGGAAGACGAGGGCUUUCUGCUAUAAAAAACAGCUUCCAGUGUGACUGAGGGUUUAGCCUGUGUUUGACAUAGACCUGUGCUCUACCAUCAUGUCCCGAUCCUGAGGUCUGAACAUCGGGAGUUCCUGGUUUGGCUGCUGUGCCUGGCUCAUUUUUGCAAAUCUGUACAUAACUAAGGCUGAAGUCAUGGAGCUGCGUAUGAGGAGGUACUUCAGGGAAACCUGGUUUCUCCUGCAUCUGAUUGCUGGCGCGGUCGGUGCAGCGAGCAGGUGCAGCCUGUUCGGGAGACACCACGUUCACACGUUUGACGGCGUUUUAUAUGAGUUCCCUGGGGACUGCAGCUACCUCCUGGCUGGGGACUGCGACCACCGCUCCUUCAUACUGCUGGGCGACUUCAUGAACGGCAAAAGAAUUGGCGUCACGUUGUUUCUGGGGGACGCCUUCGAGCUGCACCUGUCUGCAGACGGACGGCUCACGCAGGGAGAUAAAAGGCUGCCGCUGCCCCACGCAUCGCAUGCUGUGUUUGUGGGCGCGGAGCUGGGCUAUUAUAAGCUCUGGAGUGAGGAGUUCGGCUUCACUGUUACCAUUGAUAAUGCAGCCAACAUCGCCUUGACGCUAACUGAGCAGCACGCCAACCGCACCUGUGGCCUCUGUGGCAACUUCAACUCCGUGUCAGCUGAUGAAUACACGGCUCAAGAAGGGUUCGUGACGGAUGACAGUUACGAUUUCGCUAAUUCGUGGGCAGUGAAGGGGGCCGACCAGUCCUGUCGACGUGUCUCGAAUCCCGGCAAAUCCUGCAACAGCUCCAAGGAGACGUCAACGAUUUUGUCCGGCUGCAGCGUCUUGCAGGCGUCUGCCGUGUUUGGACUUUGCGCUCACCUGGUGCCCGCAGACGCGUUCCUGCCGCUGUGUCAGCAGGAGGCGUGCCACUGUGGCACCAAGGACGCUGAAGGCUGCUUCUGUCCGGUCCUCCUGGAGUACGCCCGCGCGUGCCAGGCCCGCGGGGCGCUCCUCCGGGGCUGGCUGGAGGAGAGCCAGUGCUUCCCCAAGUGUCCCGUUGGAAUGCAGUACAGUGAAUGCACCAGGCCCUGCUCCACCACCUGCCACAGUCUCAACAUCCAGGAGGUCUGCAAGGAAGAGUGUGUGGAUGGCUGCACGUGCCCAGUGGGUAAGGUUCUGGAUGGAGACCGCUGUGUGGAGGUAUCUCAGUGCUCCUGUGUGCACAUGGGUCGACACUUCCCUCCAGGAUCCACUAUCUCCCAGGACUGCAACACCUGCGUGUGUCGCCACGGUUCCUGGGAAUGCACCAACGAAGGCUGCCCCGGCGAGUGUCUGGUGGUGGGCCAGUCUCACUUCAAGACCUUCGACCACAAGUUCUUCACCCUCGCCGGCCGCUGUCAGUACCUACUGGCAAGAGACUGCACAGAGGGGGAGUUCUCCGUCGUCAUUGAGAACGUUCAGUGUGCGGACGACGUGGACGCCGUGUGCACGCGGUCCGUCACGCUCAGCCUGCCCUCGCUGGAGGACAUGACGGUGAAGCUGAAGCAUGGGGGGAUUGUCUCCGUCAACAACAUGGACAUUCAGACCCCCAUGCGUCAUGGGCGCUUGCACAUUCAGACAUCGGUCCAGGCUUCUGUACACGUGCAGUUUGGAGAUGACCUUCGUGUGGACUGGGAUGGGUGGGGUCGCGUGCUCCUAAAGCUCGGCCCACGAUGGGCAGGACGGACCUGCGGCCUCUGUGGCAACUACAACGGCAACCAAGGCGAUGACUUCUUGUCCGGCUCGGGGCUUGUUGAGGCGAGUCCUCAGGCGUUCGGUCGGUCGUGGAGGAUCAGCGGAAACUGUGAAUCCACCAACACACAUGAGGCCGAUCCGUGCACAGUUAACCCCAAAAGAGUCCGUUAUGCAGAGGAAGCGUGUGCGGUGAUGAUGAUGGACGCGUUCACUCCGUGCCACUUCCUGGUGAACCCGGCGCCGUUCCAGCAUUUCUGCCGGUACGACGUGUGCGCGUGUGCGGACGGUGAGGAGUGCUUCUGCUCCGCCCUGUCAGCCUAUGCAGCCGUGUGCGCUGCCAAAGGAGUCCUACUCAGCUGGAGGUCCCCCUCACUCUGUGCCAUGCAGUGCCCUGGAGGCCGGGUGUACGAGGCCUGUGGGAGUGUGUGCGAGCGGACGUGCCGCGCCCUCUCCGGGGCGGAGGCCGCCUGUCGGGGGGAGAGGCUGUGUGAGGAGGGCUGCUUCUGUCCCCCUGGGAAAUACCUGAGCGACGCUGGCGAAUGUGUGACGGCCGACCUGUGCCCGUGUCUCCACGAUGGACAGCUCUACAGACCCAACGACGUCUAUGCGGAUCACGACAGCAUCUGCUACUGUGAGAAUGGCUCCAUGCGCUGUAGCUCCUCUGAAACGAACACUUUGCUGUCUGACCUCUUCUAUGACGAUGACCCGGCGCCGUCCAGAGAGCGGCGCUCGCCUCAGUGCCCGCCCCCGUUAGAUCACGCCGCGUGUGAUGCCGGAGAAAAAGGUGUUGAGUGUGCCAGAACCUGCCAGAACCUGGACUUGCCCUGCGUCAACCUCGCCUGCAUCCCCGGGUGCCUCUGUCCAGCUGGCACAGUGCGUCACCGCAGGGACUGCAUUGCGCCCGAGCAGUGUCCCUGUUACCAUAACAACAAGCCCUAUACAUCAGGAGAGACCAUCUCUGUGGACUGCAACACCUGUGUGUGUGAGCGCAGGAAGUGGCGCUGCACAGAGAAGGUGUGCGACGGCAUGUGCCGCACAGUAGGGGAGGGGCAUUACAUCACUUUUGACGGCCUCAAGUAUUCUUUCCCCGGCCUCUGCCAGUAUGUGCUGGUUCAGGACAUGUGUAAUGGAGCAGACGGGUCCUUCAGAGUGCUGGUGGAGAAUGAGGCCUGUGGAAUUGUGGGGCAUCGCUGUGCAAAAGCUCUUACUGUUUCCUACCAGGGAGAGCUGAUUGUAAUGCAACAUGGAGAGGUGAAGAUGAAGGAGCCGGUGCUGCAGGGCUCACAGGUGGAAAUUGUCAGAUCUGGCCAGUUUUACACUUUGCUGUUAGGGAAAGACAUUUCCCUCAGCUGGGACAGAGGAACCCGUCUGCUGGUCCACAUCUCAGCCACAUACAAGGGUCGCGUGUGUGGUCUGUGCGGUAACUUUGACGGGAACGUCAACAACGACUUGAUCAGCAGUAACAACCAGCUGGAGGUGGACGCCGCCCAUUUCGGGAACUCCUGGAAGGUCGCUCCCAGCUGUGCCGAUGUAACUCAGACACCUCUGCCCUGCAGUGACAACAUUGUCAAGCUGGUAACGGUGGAGCAGUCGUGUCGCGUGAUCACUGGGUCUCUGUUCAGAGAAUGCAACAGCCAGGUCGAUGCAGAGCCGUACGUGGAGAUGUGCGUGGAGGCAGCGUGCUCCUGUCCAUCUGUGGGCGACUGCGUGUGCUUCUGUGAUGUCAUCGCCGCCUACGCUCAGGCGUGUUCGGAGCGGGGCGUGUCUGUCAGCUGGAGAUCCAACGAUCUUUGCCCUUUGAGCUGUGAGGAGCUGAACCCCACGAGACCCGGCGUAGGGGAGGAGUUAUGCCAGUGGAGGUAUAAUUCAUGUGGCCCGGCCUGUCCAAUCACCUGCCAGCACCCGGACCCCCUCCCCUGUUCGCUCACCUGUGUGGAAGGUUGCCAUGCCAACUGCCCCCCAGGCCAACUGCUGGACGAGGUGGCCAUGCGCUGUGUGGAGCCCUCUCAGUGUCAAGUGUGUGUCCAUGAGGGUCAAAGGAUCUCCCAUGGCAACAAGGUCAUCCUGAACCACAAUGACCCCGACCACUGCAAGAUAUGUCACUGCGACAACAACACCCUCAGCUGUGAAACCUGUACCUCCCUCGCGGCUUUGACCACACCUAUGCCAACAGCUGCCCAUGCGACCUCUACGGCCCAGCCCCUCACCACCUUGAUGCCUGCCGGCACAUGUGACCGGGCCAUGGAUCUGGCGUUCUUAUUGGAUGGUUCCCAAGAGCUGAGCGAAGGAGAAUUUCAGGCAACCAAAGACUUCAUAUUGGGAGUGAUUGAACGCUUUCGCAUGGGUUCAGCUCACACCCGAGCCACAGUGUUGCUCUAUCACUCUGGAGUUAAGACGUAUGACCUGCAGGUUCAGAAGUGGCUGUUUAAGAAGACUGUGCGUGAGCUGCACUACGCAGGAGGAGAUGCAGCCUUCCUGGACGAGGCCGUCAAGUACCUGGUCAUCAACAUCUACGACAAGAACAAGCGUGAGCACGCGGGCCGCGUCGCCAUCAUCUUGAGCGCCAGUGCCAACCCCCGCCCUGUGCGGAGCAUGGUCAAGAUGCUCCGAAAGAAAGCUAUCACCACUCUGACAGUGGCGCUCGGCCCUGGGGUGAACAUGGAGCAGAUUAAUGACAUCACGAAGGUCAACCCAGAAAACAGGGCCUAUGUUCUUAGCAGCACCGCUGAGCUGCCUGACCAUCUGUUGGAGCUGACAGAUUACCUCUGCACCCUGGGGAUGGAGCCAGAGGUGGCAAAACCUCCAAUUCCAAAGCCCACUACAAGUAAAGCUUCCAAAGGCCUGACCACCACUACCCUGGUGCCUCCCGUGGAGCCCCAUCCGACACAACACCUCCCCGAGACCCCCAGAACCACCCCCACCCUGUCUCCCACCACCACGUCACCAUCUUCGACCUAUCCAGUCCAGGAUGUGACAUUCAUUAUUGAAGGCUCCGAUUCCGUCGGCGAGGCUAAUUUUAACAAAUCCGUCCACUUCCUGGAGGAAGUUAUCUCACAGCUGACGAAGGAAGAGGAGGUCAUCCGCAUCACUGUGAUCCAGUACUCUGUAACAGUCACCGUGGAGAUCAGUCGAUGGGAGCUCAGGCGACAGAGGGCUUUGCUGUUACAACGACUGAGGGAGAUUCGUUGGAAGGGAGGGAGUAAGACCAACACGGGCGCGGCAGUCGCCACCACCAUGCAGGAAACAGCUACGGUCUGGCCUUCGCGGGCUCCCACCCCCCCACAGCUCGUCUUCCUUGUGACAGAAAACCCACCCACCGACACCGUGAAGCGCCCACCCUCCAUGACCGCGCAGACCCUUGUGUAUCCCAUUGGAGUCGGCCCAAAGGUGCAUGAAAGCGAUUUGCUGUCGCUCAGCUCGCCUCAGCGUCCGCUGAUGGUGGACGACUACAACCACCUGACAUCACUGGUCCACCGUGUGGUCAAUAUCACCCACAGCACGGUCAGGCCUCGUUUUCCUACGCUGCCACCGCUGGUCGUCCCCACGCUGUCCAGCCUUCCUCCCUCAGUGCCAUGCAGAAAACCUGUGGAUGUGUUGUUCCUGCUGAAGGCUGGAGAGCAGCUGGACGACAUGAAGACAUUUGUGAAGGCCUUCAUCAACAAUGCUGACAUAGGGCAGAAUGGCACUGAGGUGUCUGUGGUUCAGUACGGACGCACCAACACGGCCGAGUUUACCUGGAAGGACGACCAGAGCAGAUCACGUCUCCUGAACAUGGUGGCGGGCAUUCCCAGACGCCCCGCGGGCGCCCCUGCUCUCGGCUCAGCGCUGCUGUUCGCUGUGCAGACAUCCAUCUCGUCACUCAGCGGGGGAAGAGUCGGUGUGCCCAAGGCCGUGGUGAUGCUGGUGACUGACAAAUCAACUGAUGAUGUCAGUGAAGCCGUUAACGAGGCACUGGCAGCAGGUGUGUCCGUUUUCCCCAUCGGUGUGGGAUCAGGGUAUGACAGGAGUGAGCUUGGCCUCCUUGGUCACCGCGGCAACCAAGACAACUCUUUGCAUUUGAACAGCAUGGAUCAGUUACUAAUGUUGCUGACGCUGGAUCAUGGCUACACAGAGAAAAUCUGCAGAGCUGGUCCACCAGGUGUUUGUGUGGACGAUAGUGGAAAUGAGAGAAAGCCUGGUGACACGUGGCUGCUGGAGGACGGCUGCCACUCUGUCCUCUGCCACCCCAGUGGGGCAGUGGUGGUACAAACCCACAAAGUCAGCUGUGACAGACUGGAGCCUCCAGCCUGCGGGGACAACAUGCCGCCUGUCAGAGUCCAGGAGACCUGUGGCUGCCGCUGGGAAUGCCCAUGUAUGUGUAUGGGCAGCUCCACCAACCACGUGGUCAGGUUCGACGGCUUGGCGUUAAGACUGGACGGGGAGGGCCUGUGCUCCUACACGCUUCUUACUGUCAGCAGAGGUCCCGGUGAGGGGUCGGAGGUCAAACUCCACACUGGACCCUGUCGUAACUCUGCGAAUUACAACCAGGUCUGCAUGAAGGCAAUGGAGGUGAUCCAUGGCUCAUACAAGCUGCUGCUGAAGGGUGAUAUAACGGUGGUGAUGGAUGAGGAGAAGAUCGCGUUGCCGUGGCGACAUGGUGGCCUGGAGCUGGUGCGCUAUGGGGGAGUGAUGCUGCAGCUGAAGUCAGACCAGGGCUAUGUUCUGACUUUCACUCCUCAGAGCAACGAGUUCACCGUCACACUGCUGAGCUCCUCCACGUCUGGUCGUACCGCCGGACUGUGUGGUGCCUGUGGGGACGCGGAGGCUAGCGUCCUCUCUUUGCGCAACGGCAGCUCAACCACGAACCAGCCAGGCUUCGUCUCGGACUGGACUGUGGCUGCGGACGGCGGCGCGUGUCUGCCGCGGCGAGGCGGGGCGAUUUGCGUGUCCGGAGCCUCGAUGGGAUGUCAGGCCUUGCGCUCAGAGGUGUUUGAGCCGUGCCGUGCGCACAUUCCCGUUCAGGUGUUCCUCGCCAAGUGUGAGGAGCAGGCGUGUGACGAGUCGGACGUGUGUGAGCUCAUUGCAGCCUACGCCCGCCUCUGCGGGCAGAGAGGCGUGUGCGUGGACUGGAGGAGCCCCCAUCUCUGCCCGUUGCACUGCCCCAGCUCCAUGGAGUACGAUGCAUGUCGGACGGGGUGUGUGGAGGACUGUAGUAGCAUACAGGCGUUGCCUGGCGACUGGCUGGUUGCUAGGGGCAACGAGUCAUCCUGUAUUGACACACCUACCGAGGGCUGUUUCUGUACUGGUGGAACCGUUCUGCAUCACGGACAGUGUGUGUCUCCAGAAACUUGCAACCAAUGCACUGACCAGCGUGGACGCACAUAUGGGUAUAUGGAGAGUUGGGUACCAGAUGAAAACCCAUGUCUCAUUUGCAUGUGUUUGAACGAACAACACAUCAACUGCACAGCCAGGCCCUGCAGUGAUGUCAAAGCUCCAGUGUGUGGACCCUGUGAAGUUCUAAGGGAAAAGAGAGAAUCCAAAUGCUGCCCAGAGUAUGAGUGUGUGUGUGAUCUAGUGAACUGUAACCUGCCCGACGCUCCUCACUGUGAAGAUGGUCAGACCGUGGUUCUGAAAAACCCUGGCGAAUGUCAGCCUGUGCACGAGUGUGUGUGCAAGCGGGAGCAGUGUGCUCGUCGGGCCCCCCCCUCCUGCCCCCCCCACCGCUCGCCGUCGGUCAAGCGCACGGCGUGCUGCGACGCCUUCGAGUGCGCGUGCAGCUGCCAGAACGCCACCAGGACCUGUCCCGCCGGGUACGCGGCCUCCUCGACCACCAACGACUGCGGCUGCACCGAGACCAGCUGCCGGCCGGAGCGGGUGUGCGUGGUGGGCGGCGCGGUGCGCCCGGUGGGGAGUGAAUGGGAGCAGGGCUGUGAGAAGUGCAGCUGCACCCAGCUACAGGAUCGAGAGACCUCCCUGCACAUCGCUCGGUGCUCCCCGCCUGUCUGCGACCGAACCUGCCCGAGGGGCUCGACAUACAGUGCAUCAAAAGGCGAGUGCUGUGGGAAGUGCACACCGACCAGCUGUGUGGAGUCGGGGGGAGAGAUGCGAGGAGACGCACAGAUCGGGGGAAAACUCAGAAAUGUGGGUGAGGUGUGGCAGUCCCCACACGAUAAAUGCGUGUUGCAUCAGUGCGUGAAGGUGAACGACGAGGUGUUCGUGUCCGCGACCAACGUCAGCUGCUCGGCGGUGGCCACGCCGUCCUGCCCGCUGGGCGCCGAGCUGCGCUGCGACGCCCGCGGCUGCUGCCCCAGCUGCCGCUGCGUUCCCGUGGACGGCUGUGUCCUCAACCAGACCGUCGUGGGAGCAGGCGAGAGGCUGAUGAUCGAUGCGUGCACGCACUGCGAGUGUGCGCUGGAGGACGGAGCCCUGAGCAAAUACCGACUGUCCUGCAGGAAAAUCAGCUGUCCAGCUUGCCCAAUGGGAUACACUCUGCAGAAGGAGGAAGGCGCCUGCUGUGGACGCUGUGUUCCCACCGCCUGCUACGCACAAAAGCCAGAUGGAAACAUGAUCAGUCUGCAGGUGAACACCACUACUGAGGACGGCUGCAGCUCGUACACCUGUGGUGUGAACGCUAAAGGGGACCUGGUGCUGCAGUCCAAAGUGACCACCUGCCCUCCCUUUAACCGCCAGGCCUGCCUGGACAGUGGGGGCGAAGUGAGCCGAAUGGGAGCAACCUGUUGUGAGCUGUGUACGGAGCCGGAGUGUCUAAGGGCCGUGGGAACGCUCAACUACAUCAGGGUGGACGACUGCCAAUCAGAGCACCAGGUGGAGCUACGCUAUUGCGAGGGUAAAUGUCGCAGUAAGUCCAUAUACUCCCUGGAGAGAGCUGCCGUGGAGCAGGAGUGCGUGUGCUGCUCUGCUGUGGAGACGGAGCCGCUCAGCGUCCCCGUCCUCUGCGCCAACGGCACCCGCAGCCACCGCACCGUCCUGUCCGUCACCGCAUGCGACUGCGUGUCCAAGCACUGCUCCUGAGCAAACGCUUGGUUGUGAAGUGUUCAGGGCGUGUGUGCAUCCAAGUAAACCCAUAUAACGGAAGAAGCCAACACCGAUACCCAUACAAAAAUAACCAGUACCAAUAAAACCAACCUGCCAGUUUCAUCAGCAAUAAUAUAUGAGAAGCAUGUUUAUUCAUGCAUCCAUUGUUUUUUUUUCUUGCUACUGUUUUGUUUUGUGGUUUCCCACUAUUUCCCCCACGUGUUCUCGCUUCAUUCUUUCCUCCCACAGUUACCUGAAUACUCACACCCGCUCUCACGCAGCCUGACUAAGCUCUGCCCCCUCUGCCACAUGUACCUGCACCUGUUUCCUGUCAGAUAUCUAGUCUCUGGAGUUUAUAGGUCGCUCUCAUUUAGUGCUCACCCUCAUCGUGCACUCGUGCCAUUCCUUGUGGUUUAUCCAGUGUUUUUUCACAGAUUUUCCUGGUGUUUAAUUCCUGCUUACUGGACUGUUCUGUGUUGUUAAUAAACUAUUUUACUGCAACAGCU